AUGUGCCAAUACGUUGGCAUCUCCUACGUGGAAUGCGGACACGUCCGCUUCCAACUCCACUGCUUCUGCCGCAAGAUGCUCAACCAACUACAACGUAUCAACGACCCCGAAGAGCGCGAGCAGUACGACCUCCCCUUCGACCCGGAUCAGGCCCAGUGUGAGCCCUAUGCGCUCUUUGAUGAGAAUGGCCGCCCCGUAACGAGACAUGGACCCGGUUCGGGCAAUGUGUUGUCGUGGGUGUUCAAUCUUUCGGAGACGUGCCAUGAGUGCGAGGUAAUCGCGGCGGACCAGGAGCAGAGGCAGAAUGAAUACUUGGGGAAUGAGGGCUGA